AUGAAUAAUAAUUGUGGAGUUUCGGAACAAAUAGGUGAUGAUGAAGGAGUUUCUAAUCAAGGGGAGGCUCUAGUUUCGUCCAAUUUAUUAUUGGAAGAAGGUAGUAGAAAUUCGAAUAGUAUUGAUGGAAAUAAUGCGAAUUCUGCUUCAUUAUCGUCGGAAGAAUUGGAUAGACUCGUCAUGCCACCUCCUUCCAUCAAAUUAAGUCAAAUUAAUAGGAAAAACACUCAAAAUUCCAUCACGACUCCUUCAUCUACCCUUUCGAAUAAUACUUUAAAUUCUGUUGGGGCAGAAUCUUUAAAACUUACAUUUUUAAAUGAAAAUUCUAAUAGUGGAAUGAUAACAGGAGUGGAAAUAUGCAUCUUGUCCAAUACGAGUAAUGAAAUGAUUUUUGUGGAUCCAAAUCUUGUCAAGUAUUCGACAAGAUUGCAAAACACAUCAUUGACAGGUGUAGAUUCGUUAAAUUCACCAGGUUUUAAUGAUAAGCUAAUGUCUCCUCAAUUUACAGGACCUGUAAAUGAGAAUUCUCCUUCAUUGAUUGUUUCUCCUCGAUUGAAGAAUCAACAUUCUAGGUGGUCAACUUAUUACACGAGUGGAAGUACAGUUGGAUUGAGUGAUUUUUUGAACACUUCUGUAAAUUAUGAAAAUAGUGCUCUUUCCAUUACUUCUUCCAAUUCACUGAAUAAUAGUGCAAUUAACAAUGCAUCAGAAACUAAUCAGAUUGUGCCCAGUGCAUCUCUAAUCAAUUCCACAACUAAUCAAUCACCACUAGUGUCCCCACGAAAUGGAGCAAACAAUAGUUUCACAUUCAAUUCUUCUACUAGGAAUUCUAUAGUUCAGGAUGAACCAAAGACGUCAACAGCUCCAAAACAUCAUCAUCACACCAUUAGCAGUUUAAACAAGAAGGAAUUUCAGCAAUUUCUUCCUAGAGUCAGUUUACCAAAUUAUGGAGAUAUUUCUAGUGUUUUCAAUUAUUCAAAUUUAGAAACUUUGAGUAUGAGUGGAAAUAGAACUUCAUUCCAUCUGGCAUCUUCAUCAGGAGGUGGCAAUAGCAGUAGUGGACAUGAAAAUAACUUUUCAAAAUCUUCAUUCUUUAGCAAAUCAUUCACUUUUGGAGGAGACAAGUAUUCGAAUGUUUCUAUUGGAACAACAAUGACAUUUUCAUCCAUGAUGGUUCCAAAAACAUCACCCAGAGGUCAGGAAGCUAGAAGAUUAUCGAAAAAUAACUUUUCCUUCUUUGGAAAACAAUAUAUGAAAGAAGGUCAACAACAGCAACAAUUAAUUUCAUCCACAAGUUCUGCAAUUAAUUUGAAAAAGGAAGAAUCAAUGCGGGAAUCGAUUGUGGAAGCAUUCAGCGUUCAAGAUAUCAUGUCAAGGAGAUUUACAGAUGGAGAGAAUAUUGAAAAAUUCAUGAAUGGCAGAAGAUCGACCACUAGUGAAAUUCCAGAUCAUUCAGAAUUACCUAGGAGAGGUUCUUCAGCAACUCCACUCCCAUCUUCAACUGCUACUCAACCAUCUACUGCCAAAUCUCAUAUCAAGACUCUAUCAACAGAUGUAAAGAGGCAACACGAGAGAACUCCUUCCUCUCCUUUGGAAAUUAACACUAGUCUGCUGGUUCCAUCGAGCUCUUCUGGACAAAUUCCUAAAACUCCAGAAAAGAAGAAAUCCUCAAAUAUGUCCUCUAAGGUUAAGGAAUUCUUCUCAUCAAUUGGUAGAAGAUCCAGAAAGAAAUCGAAUGCAGAUUCGUUUGAUCAUUCUAAUGAUAGUUCAUUACCUCCAUCUCCUCCAUUGAAUAGUACAACGAAAAUGAUAGGUCAAGAAACGAAUCAAAACAGCUCAACAAUGAUGACUAUUCCAACUUUACAGAGCUCAACUGAUUUGAUGGGAACAAGUCCAUUCUCCAAUCAAUCUCAUAGCUCAACAUCAACACCUCCAGUUCUAUUGGAUGGAAAUAUUCUCCUUUCUACAACACCAACCAGUACUGGAUCAAGAGGAACUCUUGCAGACGAUGAGAUUUCCAGUCAUCAUACUUUGGGAGGAAAUACUCAAUCAGCUCCUGCAAUGACAUGUACAACUAGCACUUCAUUAUCAUCAUCGCCACCUGCUUUAUCGACAUUGAAUGGGGCUACUCCUCUCAUCGAUGAAGUACAUAUUGACAUGACAAGAUCUAGAAGAGGAAGUGAAAUUGAAACUCCAAUCUCACCCAGUAGAAGAAGAUCAUCAAUGAAGAAAUCACCAAAGAGAAGAGAAUCAAUGCUCAGUAAUCAUACACCAGUUGUUUCUGAAAUCGAUCAAGGAAAUUUGAAAUAUCUAACCAAUUUGAUUGUCGAUUUCAAAACUAGCUCACUUGCCUUUUCUAAACUUGUAGAAGAGUUUUCAUUAUUCGAUUCUCUUGAAAAAUCAUCAGUUGAUCCAGCAUCUAUCGUUCAGAGUCCUCUCUCAGUUGUGGAGGCACCAAGAGGAACCAAAAAUCGAAGACCAACCUCAAUGCACUACAUUUCCAGUUCGAAUACUCCAAUGGGAAGACUUUCGUCUGAUUUAUCCUACCUCUCUCAGCAACAAUUACUCACACCAGUCACUUCAAAUCCAACAAUUUUCCAUUGCAUUAAUGAGAGAAGUAGUAAUUUUUCACUCAUCAUUUUGAAUGAUAUCACAUUGUGUUUGUGGUACACUUUGGAAAAUCAAAAUCAUCAUGGAACUCUUUCAAUCAAACAAAAAUCUCUUUUAUAUGGUGGAAGUUUGGAUGAUAAAUUGAAAGAAAUUGGACUAAAGAUUGAAUACAAAUUGAAGGAGGCCUUUGCGGCCAGCAAAGCAUCAGAUCACAAAUCGUUAGGAGCUUUGAAGAGUAGCAAGUCAAUGGAAUUUAGUUUCUUCAAUAAAAAAGUUCAAUAA